CGGACUUGUUGGAACAACCUUGCUACAAGUCUGAUAAUAUCAACAAGCUUGUUACAAGUUGUUAACACUAUAUAUUUUGACAACUUGGGACAAGCAGUGCGAACACAACUUGUUGAUGGCUUGUUGGCAGACUUGCUACAAGAUGUGAGAUUUUUGCCUGUGUAGAUGGGCGCAUAUGAACAAACUCGAAAUACCCACUUCAGUUUGUCACAAAAAUAUCGGGGUUUUUAUGUCGGCUACAUUUUCCUUGUUUUCGUUUUCUCCACAGUCCUCAGGUGGUGAGAAGAAAGCCAUUAAACAAACUGGUCUACACUCUGCUAUCAAACACUGAUCUCAAACGCAAGAUGAAAGAACGUGGACUGUCCAUCAAGGGCGACAGACAGGUAGGAAUUGUUGUUAUCGUAAAUCGUGAAGUUGUCUUAUUGAAGAAUGAAAGUAGUCACACAUUAUAAUUUGGUUGCAGAGCUCAGUUGUGUUGCUAUCUAGUUAAUACGCACAAUGUUUUUGAUCUUACUCUGAGCAGGCUGAAGGAAUCCAACCCGUGACCACGGUGGGAAUGGAACCCGCGACCUUUGGGAUACUAGUCCAUGGUCAGGCUAACUUUCCAGCCUGCCCGGUGUGGAUAUACACUCAGAGUAACAUCAUAAACAUUAUAUUGAGUACAUAACACCAAAACACACACACAAAAAUGCAAUAUACACUAGUUAAUUUGGCCGGAUUUUGGUGGAAAUUAUGGGGGAGGUGGGAAACAAUUUAGGGGAGGUGCAGCGGUCUAACUCACGAACCCCAUGGAAAAAGUUAGGGCUUAGAACGGGCCAAAGUCAACGACGUGACGUAUGCAUGUAGUGUACAUAUGUAUAUCAGUGUAUUAAUGAAUUAUGACUGUACUACUCAUCCAAUUUUACCCUUCAUUACAAUUACUACAAAGUUUCUUUCAAAACAUUGCAUUAAAAGUGUACUUGACACAGAGAUGAAUGCCUAUCACUGUUUCAAUUUUACAGAAAAACUUUCUUACGUAGUGUAGACCCUAUAAGCAACCAAAAAUGUCAAAUUUUCACACUGAUCUAUCUUUGAAACUUUCUCAAGGGGAGGUGCAUGACUUUCCAGGGGAGGUGCAAAACGAUCUCAGGGAAGGUGCGCAUCUCCCCACACCUCCCCUCAAAAUCCAACCAUCUCUGCUGCCCCGCUGAAACCGACCAAUACACAAGACGUCUUUUAAUCGACUAUAUUUCCAGACUUUGGUUAAACGACAUCAAGAAUUUACGAUCAUAUACAACAGUGAGUGUAGCAAGCCGAAACCAAAGUCAGGUCAGUUGAAAGAUUGUAAUUUGAAAGCUAGACAACUUACUGGCGGAGGUAUCAAGCAUCUCAUACUUUAUCUUACAGUGGCUGAGAUUGUUCGUUUGGUUGAAGAGGGUGAAAGAAAGAAAAACAAAGCAGUUGAAAAGCGCGACAAAGUAAGUUUUUAUGAAACGCGACCAAGGACGAAGUCAUUCGGUCACGAAGUUUAAACUUUGAGUUUUGCGCUUCCUUGUCGAUGUAUAUGCUUUAUAUGCUUUAUAUAAAGAGGCUUACAAUGAUUUUCAAGGUAUUUUAGUGAGAAUUAUUGCAAAAUUUAAGCACAAACAAAAUCAUAACAUCACCGUUAUAGUCUAGUGCGCGUGUUUUAUACUGACAGCUAAAUUCCAGGAUAAAUUGUUAUUUUUCAAACUUUAAAAGUUAUUCACGGCACAUAUUUCUGUCGUGAUGGUUUGUAUUGUGCUUUAGCUUGUAUAUCUAAGUUAUCUAACUCAUUUUUGUUCAGUUUUGGUAUUACAAGUGAAUGCGGUUUAAAAUGUCUUUUGACAGUUUGUUUUCGUUUGCUAUUUUUAGCAGUUUUUUUUAAGAGUAUUUUUCAGGGAGGUCGCGUAAUUUUGAAAACGGGUGUAAAGCCAGAAUUUAAAGCCUGAAUUUAAAGCCUGAAUUUAAAGCCUGAAUUUAAAGUGAGAAAAGUCAGUCAUAAGUUGAUAAAGAUGGGAUUUUUUAUUACAAAGACAUAUUACAUUUCUUCUUCAAAUGACCCAAAUAUUACACAUACCAAAAGGUAUGCGGGAUCACAAUCAUAUUUGAUCGUAGUAUGUUCUUCAACACGCCUUUAAAAACCGUUAUAUUUUUGCUCAAAAGUCCUUGUCUGGAAGCGGGAAAUGUUAUAUCAUGGCGACAAAAUCAACAAUUCUCUGAGAGUUUGGUUUGGUGGAAUCGAGGCAAUGUUCACUAGCUUUCUAAAACUCCAUCUUCUUCCGAUAAAAACGCGGUAGUAGACUAAGACUACGUGCACACGGUAGCGUUUUCGAGCGUUUUCAUUUGUGUUUUCACGCUAAAACGGAGGCAAACACUAUCAAUUUACGACAAAAUCUGUAGUUUAUUUAAUACAUAGGAGAUAUUUUCCUUUGGACUGUGUGAACAGGGCGUCAAAACGAUUGAAGGGGCAAAAACGUUUCUGAAAACGCUGGAAAACGAAGCCCGUGUGCACAUAACCUAAGAUACUGGUAUUAAUCCCCGAGUGUAAUAUAUAGUGCUUUAUGUGCUUUAGUUGAAUUUUGACCGAGACCAGACUCCCGAAGAUAUUGACAAAAUGAAAUUUGAAUACAGUAAGUAUUACAGUCAAAACACAAUAACCCUCCCACUUCCCCUUGUGUGGUAAAUACGGCGAUAAAAUUUAGUUUCGUUGUUUUUAUAUAACUGCUCUUUAACUACUGUAAGUAUGUUGAUUACGUUUAUUUAAUUUCCACAUUUCUCAAGUGUCUCAGAAUCAGAAUGAAUUUACACGACUUAUAAAUGAAAUCAGAAAUAGAAAAAAGAAAGACGAAAAUAAUUCUGGUAAGUUGUGGCCGUAUCGUUGCCUAUAGUCGUCCAAUAAGGCUCAUCUCUUAUUGAUCCGGUGUUACUACAGGAGGAAACCUAAACUAAACUAACUUUAUUGAUACCGGAUAGCUCUAUCAGUUCUAAGCUGUUCUUCCUAGAGAUCUAGUAAGGAUCAUAUGACUCUUAUUGCUCCAGUGUUACUACAGGAGAAAACCUAAACUAAACUAACUUUAUUUAUACUGGAUUUCUCUAUCACUUCUAAACUGUUCUCCCUAGAGGUCCAGUAAGGAUCAUCUCUUAUCGAUCGAGUGUUACUACAGGAGGGAACCUAAACUAAACUAACUUUAUUUAUACUGGAUAGCUCUAUCAGUUCUAAACUCUUCCAGAUGAUAGCAAGAGCAAUGAAGCCAGCACUAGCAAGGCGGACCAGACUCCUUCUACAAUGAAAAAAAAGUUUGCACUAAAAUUGCUACCCUCUGAUGACGACACGGCCAGCAACAGUAGCGGCGCCGAUUUUGAACCGGUUCAAAAACGCUCCAACACGCCACGUCGACAGCUAAGGUCGUCCACAGAAAAGCGCAAAACUCGUAGUAGCGCAGAAAUACCGGAAGAAAUUGUCGAAGACUCCUGCGACGAUACCAGCAAUACAAUAGGGGAUGAAGGGGAGGAGGAGUGUGAUUGUGAUGACCCUGUGGAUCCCAUUGAGUCAUGUAUUACCUCAGCUACCCUGCCUGAUCCUCCGUCACCCUCGCUUCUUGAUGAUUUUGAUGAGAAGGAGUCCAAUCAUUCAAACGCCGUAAGUUAUGGAAAGCUGACAACAGUGUUUCCUGGUUUACCCACCUUUGGAAAACAUGGCUAGGAAACAAUGUUUCCUGGUUUGUCCACCUUUGGAAAACAUGGCUUGGAAACAAUGUUUCCUGGUUUGUCCACCGUUGGGAAACAUGGUUAGGAAACAAUGUCUCCUGGUUUGUCCACGUUUGAGAAACAUGGCUAGGAAACAAUGUUUCCUGGUUUGUCCACCGUUGGGAAACAUGGCUAGGAAACAAUGUUUCCUGGUUUGUCCACCUUUGAGAAACAUGGCUAGGAAACAAUGUUUCCUGGUUUGUGCACCUUUGGGAAACAUGGCUAGGAAACAAUGUUUCCUGGUUUGUCCACCUUUGGGAAACAUGGCUAGGAAACAAUGUUUCCUGGUUUGUCCACCUUUGGGAAACAUGGCUAGGAAACAAUGUUUCCUGGUUUGUCCACCUUUGGGAAACAUGGCUAGGAAACAAUGUUUCCUGGUUUGUCCACCUUCAGGAAACAUGGCUAGGAAACAAUGUUUCCUGGUUUGUCCACCUUUGGGAAACAUGGCUAGGAAACAAUGUUUCCUGGUUUGUCCACCUUUGGGAAACAUGGCUAGGAAACAAUGUUUCCUGGUUUGUCCACCUUUGGGAAACAUGGCUAGGAAACAAUGUUUCCUGGUUUGCCCACCUUUGGGAAACAUGGCUAGGAAACAAUGUUUCCUGGUUUGUCCACCUUUGGGAAACAUGGCUAGGAAACAAUGUUUCCUGGUUUGACCACCUUUGGGAAACAUGGCUAGGAAACAAUGUUUCCUGGUUUGUCCUCCUUUGAGAAACAUGGCUAGGAAACAAUGUUUCCUGGUUUGUCCUCCUUUGAGAAACAUGGCUAGGAAACAAUGUUUCUACCACAACCUUCGCGCAGGGUUUAACUGCACAUUUUAUAUAUGCUUUAGGAGAGCUCAGAAAGUGAAAGUAUGUUGAGGCCUGCUUUUGACCCAUCAAGCCCAACUCAAGAGUAAGUUGAAUUUUCUCAAUGUUUCUAUUUUUUAAGAUUUCUUACACAUUUUGUCUUGGAAAAAUAUCAAUGGUUAAUGCUUGUCUUUUCUAGUGAAAUUCCUGAAAGUCCGCCCCAAGGUGAUGACGGGAAUCAAUCGGAAGAAAUAGAAUUUUAAAUAAAUGAAAAUCUUGUAUUAUUUUUGCUAUUGAAAUAGG